AUAGGCAUUCGAUAGGGUCGAUAACAAGAGGCAAAUUUAUCGACCAGCCUAAUUCCGGCGCGAAUUUAAAAAUUUCUGUCAUAAUCUAUUUUAUUUUUCAAGAAAUCUCUUUUUUCUAUGUCAAUAUAUUGAAUAUGCCGUCAUCAUCCUUUAUAAGCUCGUUGAAACAGUUUUUUGAUUAGCUAAUUAUUUAUACGAACUGCGAUAAGUAGUGAGCAUGUCAAUGUUUUAUUAUUUUGUAAUUAAAAUCUAAUUACGGCCCACCAGUAAUUGUAUUUUUGGCAACUAGUACUCCAUUAUAAUAAACCACCAUCGCGUAGAGUUGUUAGUACAUCCAGACUACUUGCACCGAUGAAGUACCUCUUGUGGAUUAGCUUCCUUUUCAUUGGGGAAUCACACGGAUACGUGCGCCUCACGAACCUCAAGUGCGAAAGCUAUGACAACACAUUCGUCGUCUUUCCCGAAUGCCGACUAAAAGUGCUUGGCAGGGGAAUUAUCGGGGCCAACAUACACGUAAAGCUUCUGAAACUGCCAAUAAAUAGGAUGGUCAUGAGAUUCAUCACUUACCGGAAGCUCAGCGGAUACCAUCCGUUUCUAUUUAAUGUUUCCGAGGAACUCUGUCGCGCCCUAAAGUAUCCAAAUCGUCUCCGAGUCUUCUACCAUUUCUACACCGCCUUUAUGCCCUUUUCGAAUAUUAAUCAUACAUGUCCCUAUAAUGAUGAUGUUUACAUAAGGAACUGCACCUUGGAUGAUCGUAUGUUUGCCAAGGUUCCAUUGCCGAAGGGUAUCUAUAAGCUAACCCUCGAGAUGGAUGAUGGUGUCAUGAACUGGGCUUCCAUCAUAAACAUAUACUUUGAAAUUGAUGUUGACUAAGGGGAAAACAGAAGCGCAUUCAAU